GGGAAAAUAGGAAAAAGUCCUGUACCAAAGCUCUCGACUUUGGUUAGGAAAGGAUCCGAGAAGCCUCAGGCUUCGGAAUAUGCAUUUAUUUUUCCCACAGCUCCAAAGACAACGCGCCCAGGAGUCCCCAACUCCCCCAACUACAAAGGAAGUCCUGGGUAGCCAGAGACCACUUUCUGUUUUUCUCCUAAAUUACCUGGUCGCUCCUUUGCCCCUGAAAGUUCUUUUUCUCAGGGAUGGUUGGGCACAUCCUUCUCUUCAUUUAGGGGCAAAACCGAAACGGUUUCCACCCAGAUUUUCAGGAUUAUUCUGUUUCUUCGCAAGAGAAGUAACACAGGUCCUUCGUGAAUUCUGCGUACAGACCCACGAGAUGAAUUUCUGCCCGUCAGAAUUCGAGGUUAUUUCAGAAAUGAUAUUUUAUUCGUCUUGGUACAGAAGGACCUUCUGUGUGAUUUCAAAGGCACAGGUGGAAACGAAGAAGCUGACUUUAAUAAAGGACGCUUUUGACCUACGAGGUGAACCAAAGGAAAACAGCUGUGUGCAGUUUGGAACUCCAGCCCACUGGUCUCUUCACUCUCUUCAAAUGCAAAUCUCAAACCUGGAGUGGUCAGCCCCCCAGAAUCUGGGUUCCAGCCUUUUGCCCAAGUGAUUAAAAGUGAGAAGACAGAAAUGAAUAACCUUCCUAGAUCUCUUGUAACUCGUGUUGAAAAAAAAUUAUGCAAAACUUGAAAAUAAAGCAAAAGUGUUUCUUACGAACUUCCAGCCUACGUUAGAGAAUGGUGUACAAAGUAGACUCAUAUUGUCUGGUGCUGGAAGUGUUAGAAAGUAAGACAGUUUGACUCACAUACAUAUUUUUUAAUUUUCUUAUACUCACAUUGAAAA